CUGUCUUCGAGAGUUGUCUGUGUCCUGUCCAAUUUGUAAGACAAAGUGUGUUGUCCAGAGCAGACGAAGGGGGACUUUUGUUGCAUUCACCCAGCUUUGUGAAAAGUGUAACUACCACAGACGGUGGCAGAGCCAGCCCAUUGUAGGGAGUACCCCACUUGGAAACCUGCUAUUGUCUGCUGCAACAUAUUUUACUGGUGGAUCUUUUAAACAAUUAGAGAAGGUAUUACAAUUACAAUAAAAUUCACACAACAAAUACUGUGUUGUUUCAGUAUGUAUGUACUGUAUCAAUGUUAUUUGAUUUCUAUGUUAAUAGAUUUUCAAGGCCAUGAAGCUCCAGAUGAUGCAUUUUUUAACUUUUAGGAUUCAUGCCAGGAAUUUCAUUGAGCCUACCAUAAUACACAAGUGGAACCAAGAUCAACUGAAUCUUAUAAGAGAGCUGCAAGAGGGAGGCAAUGUUGCUGUGGCUGGAGAUAUGCGUGCUGACACGCCAGGACACUCAGCAAAAUUUGGCAGCUACACCGUUAUGCACAUGGAAACCAACAAAAUUCUGGAUCUUCGACUAGUUCAGAGCAACGAGGUUGGUGGCAGUUAUCAUAUGGAAAAUGAGGGAUUGAAGCGUUGUCUCGAUAAGCUGGAGUCUAAUGGUUUAGCUGUUGACUACAUCGUCACCGAUCGCCAUCCGCAGAUUCAGAAGUACCUGAGGGACCGCAAUAUCACUCAGUUCUAUGACGUGUGGCACUUUGAGAAAGGUUUAUCUAAGAAUCUUGACAAACUUUCAAAAAUGAAGGACUGCGAGGUGCUGAAAAAAUGGUUGCACAGCAUCAAAAACCAUGUUUACUGGAGUGCGAUUUCCUCUGAGUCUGGGCCAGAAAAGGUGGCAAAGUGGAAUUCACUGCAGAACCACAUACAAAAUGUACAUGUUCAUGAUAACCACCUCUUCCCUGUCUGUGAACACCCAGACAAAGUUUCCAGGGAUCCAAAAAAAUGGUUCCAGCCAGGAUCAGUAGCGCUCCAUAAAGUGGAAAAGCUAUUAUACAACAAGAGAGUUCUCAAGGAUAUAGAAAAGCUCAGCCACAACUUUCAGACGUCAUCACUGGAGGCAUUCCACAGUCUGAUUUUGCGUUUUGCCCCAAAGAACGUGAUUUUCCCUUUCAUAGGAAUGUUGUGCAGGCUGUAUCUUGCAGCAAUGCACUAUAAUGAAAAUGCUAACCGUGAGCAGGCAACAACAACUGAAGGACAGGCUGUCCUUCUGAUACAUAAAGUCUUUGAGGACCCCAAGCCAUAUGCGGAAGAGCAGCAUGCAAUCCCCAUUCCACCUACUCUGUCAUCACAGUAUGAAAAACCUUCCAAAGAAGAGGUGAUUGCCCAGCGUGUGCCACGCCCAAGGGGUGGCCGGAACCCAACAUACUGUCCCGCUGGAUCAGGAAACUAG